AACUUCAUGCGCAAAUUCUCCUUGAUCUUUAUUUUCUUCCAUCUUCUCUUUUUUCCCCUCCAAGUAUCGCGCCCCUGAAAUAUACCACGAGGCGCCACCUAACCUACAAUUUUACCUAUACAUCUCGACUCUGAGCUGAUUAUUUACCUUCUAUUACCUACAGUUUGUUGUCGACGGCAACUGGGUUACCGACCACACCGCACCGAAAGAAAUUGACGAGAGCGGUAACGAAAACAACAUCCUAACCCCCGACCGUAUUAUUAAAGAAGCGCCCGCAACUGCUGCUAUCAUGAACACUGUUACACCGGACUCUACGACCGCUGCUUUGGCCGCAGCUGUGCCGCUGGAGAAGAAGAAUGAUGAGGUGCCAGGUACUUUCCCCAUAACCCCCGCUGCGGAACCCGACGGGGCCGGCGAUUUUGGAGUAAACCCAUUGCCGGCUGCUGCAGGCGCCGUCAAUCCUAUCAAGCUUGCUCCGGGCGAGAAGAUCCCCCAGGGUCUUACUGCCAAUGGCAUCACCGACCAGGUUAAGCUAGAUCCCGAGUCGUACGAGAAGAGCGACACCAUUCCAGGUGGCUUGCCUCUCACCCUGAACUCUGCCGCACCGGUGUCUACAACUGCUGUUUUGGCGGGAAGCGUACCCCUCGAGCCAAAGGUUCCCGAGAGAGUCAGAGAGAGCCAGGAGAAAGCAAACGUUGACCCCGAAGCCAGCGGCAUCGCAGAGGAGGUCAAGGAGAAAGCCGAGGUCGAGAGCGAGCUUCUGGACAAGGUGAAGGAAGCACCCACUACGUCCGAAGGUACUGCCGGCCAAGGCACCGAGAAGACGGAGGACGUCGUUACUCCCGGCGAGGCCGCCGCGUCUGUUGCAGCUGCGGCUACUGCUGUUGGCGCCGCUGCAGUCACUGGUGCUUUUGUUGCCAAGGACGUCGCUGUUGAGAAGGCCACGGAUGCUGCUACGGCAGCCCAAGCCUCUGUUAUCGAAGCAGCCGCGAAUCUGCCCGACUCAGUCAAGGAACAGCUUCCAGAGUCUGUUCAAAAUGCCAUUGGAACCACGAAGAAGGAGGAGACUCGCGAGGAAGUUUCCCCUGAGGUACCUGCUGGGGUCAAGGAAUCUAUUAUCGAAGCUGGAAAGGCCCCGGAAGCCGCUGCAAACACGGAAGCAGUCGAAGACAAGAAGGCCGUUGAAGUUCAGCUGUUAAAGGAGGUCAAAACCGUCGACGCUGAUAAGGAAGAGUCGGCCAAGCCAGCCGAAUCGACAGAAGCCGCUGGCAACUCUUCUGAGAUUAGAAUACCACCAGCUUCGGAACCAAUUACUGCCAAUGGCGCUAAUGGUGCUAAUGGCCACCAGGAAACUGUAAAACCUGUUGAACUUAGGCGAGUCCCGACUGACCCCACUGAUCCGACUGACCCCGCCGAGGCCACCAAACCCACCGCUCCGGCUACCCUGACCGUUCCCGAGACUACGGCUCAGCCGACUGAGGUGACCAGCCCGACCAGCCCGACCAGUGACGCCAAGCCAGCUAACGGCGCUGCAACUGAGAAGAAAAAGAAAAGCAGGCUCAGCUCCAUCUUCGGCAAGGUUAAAAGCAAGCUGUCUGGCAAAUAAACGCCAGUGGCUUGUUCUUUGCUUUGAUUAUUAUUUCGGCACUAUUGUCAACCUCUUCAUUUCAUUUGAAGCUUAUGAUUCCCCAUCUCGCGUCGACCCGCUACGACAGGUGCCGAUAGGGCAAUAGUCACUGUCAGG